AUGUCAACAACACCACAAACACGCCCACCAACUGGACCCUCAACUUUAUUACCAACCAAACCAUCAACAACACCACCAACUGAACCACCAAUCACCACCACCAACCAAUUUAUUGAAAAUGUUGUUGAUCCAGAGAAAAUCAACAGAACAGUACUGGUCAAUGUGGUGAUCAAUGAGGAAUACAAUGAAAAAUAUGACAAUAAAUCAUCACGUGAAUACAAAGAAUUUGUUGGAAACUUCACCAAACAGAUGAACAAAUAUUACGAGGAUAAUAAGAUAGCAAACUUUCAAGAGGUGGUGGUAAUUAGUGUCAGCCGUGGAGAACCUUUGGUCAGAUUCUCAAAUAACACUGUGGAAGAGAUAAAAUUAUGGGGUAAAGCCAUGGCUAUCUACAGUAUCACACAAAGAGCAAAAGGUGUAAAUGUCACACAUGACGUGGUUCUGAGGAUUCCAAAUAACGCUAGCCAUAACCAGCUAUAUACGGAAGACUAUGAAGCAGUUAAGGAUGCACUUGAUGCCCUUGUGAACUGCACAGGAGAAUGUCCUGAUUUCAACGUAACAGCUCAGCCUACAGUGAAUAAAACAUCGGCUGAUUUUGGAUCUGUCUGUGAAAAGUUUGUUGAAGAUCCAGAUGUUGCUCAAUACUACGAAUCUGUGGAACUUGAUGGAAAGAUAGUAUGUGUGACUGCAUGUAGAAGUCAACACUCACAUUAUAAAAGAUGCUACAACAACGGAAAGUGCACAGUGUACAAGGACAUUGGACCUCUUUGCAGGUGUCCUAACGUGGAAUCGACAUGGUACUUGAGUGAUGACUGUAGCCUCCCCAUACAGAGGACUGCUUUCUAUGCUGGGUUAAGUGUGACUUUUGCUUGUCUGUUGGUGGUAGUGGGAGUCUUGACUGCCUUCUUACUGAGGAACAAACAAAGGCAAAAGAGGAAAAGGGACAUUAAAGUGCAGCUGGUGAACCAGUGGUUGACUGAGGACUUUGAGUGGUCCAGAUCAAACAGUGACAUUCACAAUGCUGGAGAUUACAACAACCCCUCUUAUGCAAAUGACGAAUCAGCCAUCCACAGAGAGGACUCGAGUGUUUACAGACAACCUGUUCUCUAUGAGCUGAAUCGACCAUCUUCGGAUACUGACGACAGACAAUCAAACCCAUCAGCGAUUAUAAAUGGACUGGAGACUGAGUAUUCACUGUCAGAUCCACCAUACAGACAUAAUACUCUAACUACGACUCUUUCUUUUUCUAAUGCUGGACACCAACAGCCUGCUAGCCCGGCCCUUCACCACAGAGGCCUCUCCUCCAACCAGCCGAUGAGGAUCGGCAGGCCUCAGAGAAGGACAUCCUGGGACGCUUGAGCAGUAGAACGAAAACUUGACUCUGCAUCAUUUGGACAAAGUCUUCUGUCAAACUGUCGACUCUGUCUCCACUUGUUCUUGUAUCUCUUUGCUGCUUUAUCAGUGUAUUUAUAACUGCUGUUUUUAGGUGUUUACAUCACUGUUUAACUGAUUGAUUUAUUUUCAUGUCGGCAAGAUGAAGUGGAAAUAAUCGCCAUGCAAAGUUUGUGAUUCUAGUGAUAAUAGAUGAUACAUUUUGUUUAUAUAUGUAGAGAUUUUUUCUCAAAAAUUUGGAAUGGUAGAAAACUCUAAAUGUGAUCAUAAAAGACAUCUACAAUUUCCUCUUAGUGACAAUCAAAAACAAGUUAUUUUUAAUGCAAAUACAUAUAAUGAUUGAUGAUUACAAAUGCAUGAUAAUGCUGUAACAGACAGACAGCGUUAACAGGAACAUUAUUAUUGUGUAUAGUGACAUGGGUUGCUCAGAACUACAGAGGUCAAAACAUAUAGUAGUAAACUCCAGUAUGACAAAAGUAUGAAAUUCUGACAAAAACAUGAAUGAACAACACCAAUGAAAAAUAACAUUCUGAAUAGUAUUUCUAAAUACAUACUUAAAGCUUCAUUAAUCAGUUUUUAUAUUUUUAUAUUUAGUCAGCAUUCAUUUGGAGUUGUGGAGCUGAGGGGAACU